GAUAAUAAAAAUGAUUAUUUUUGUUGGAUUUGUCACAAGGAAGGUUUAUUGGUAGGAUGUGAGCUCUGUCCACGAGUUUACCACACCAAGUGUUUGAACAUCAACAGUGAGCUGCCCAAUGAAUGGGUUUGUCCUGAAUGUGAGCAAAUAAUGAAGAGUGAGUGCAUAGAAACACGAAGUAAAGCUAUGAGUAUGAUUUCUAUAGAUACAUUAUGUAAUCUAUUAAAACAUGCUCUACGCAGGAUGCAGAUACCAGAGAGUGAAGCGUUUGAGAAGCCUGUAGAUACAGUAUUAUUGCCUACAUAUUCUGAUUUUGUUUAUAAUCCAAUGGAUCUUGGCCAGCUUUCUAGGAGUAUCAGAAAAAAGCAAUAUGGCUGCACAGAAGCAUUUCUAGCAGACGCCAAAUGGAUCUAUCAUAAUUGUUAUGUUUUUAACGGAAGCGAUCAUCAUUUAACAAAGACAGCUAAAACUAUUGUGAAAAUCUGUAAACAUGAGAUGAACGAGAUAGAAGUCUGUCCAGAUUGCUAUUUAAAUUCCUGUGAACAAUCGGAUGAAGAUUGGUUUUGUGAACCUUGCAGAACUCCACACACGUUAACGUGGGCUAAGUUAAAGGGUUAUCCAUUCUGGCCAGCCAAGGCUUUAAGAGAAAUGGAUGGUUUAGUUGAUGUCAGAUUUUUUGGAGCCCAUGACAGAUCCUGGGUACCAGCUAGUAACGUGUUUCUGCUCUCUAAAGAAUGUCCAAUCCCGCAGAAAAAAAGGUCCUCCUACUUCAACGAUGCUUUUGAGGAACUUAAUCGUCAUGUUCAAAAUAUUGAAGAAAGAUUUGGGACAUUUGAAUAUCACCCAUUUCGAACACCGUAC